AGAAGAAUAAGAUAAGCUGUGAUCUGAAGACAUGAGCAUUCCACGGAAGAAGCUACAAGAAACAUUUGAGGAGAGUAAAGUCAAGGAGAAAAAUAAGGGGGAAAAAAGAUAAAGAAAACGGUUGUAAAUGAAUCAGCAUAAUGGAAAUCCCUGACUCAUCAUCAAUGAAACCACCUAGUCGACCUGAGUUGUUUGAUUUUGAGGGUGUUUCUAUGAUCCACAACUUCACUGACAACUGGGAAAAGGUAAAAAACUUUCAAGCAAGACCUGAUGACAUUCUAAUCGCCACUUACCCCAAAGCAGGUACCACCUGGGUGUCAUAUAUUCUAGACCUUCUGUACUUUGGUAACGAUGCUCCAGAGCGUCAGACUUCCCAGCCUAUCUAUAUGAGAGUGCCAUUCCUGGAGUCAUAUUUUAAAGUGAUACCAUCAGGGACAGAACUGGCUGAUAAUCUGCCCACUUCUCCUCGCCUCAUCAAAACUCAUUUACCUGUUCAGCUUGUUCCCAAGUCCUUCUGGGAGCAGAACUCAAAGAUUGUGUAUGUAGCUCGGAAUGCAAAAGACAAUGCAGUUUCUUAUUUUCAUUUCGAUCGAAUGAACAUGGUACAGCCUGAACCAGGAGACUGGAACACUUUCUUACAGACAUUUAUGGAAGGAAAAAAUGUGUUCGGCCCUUGGUAUGACCAUGUCAGUGGAUGGUGGGAGAAAAAACAGACUUACUCUAACCUAAUAUACUUGUUCUAUGAGGAUUUGGUGGAAGACACUGGACGUGAGGUGGAACAUUUGUGUUCCUUCUUGGGUUUGUCAACCUCGGUUGAAGAGAGGGAGAAAAUAACAAAAGGGGUUCAGUUUGAUGCCAUGAAACAGAACAAGAUGACCAACUAUUCCACUAUCCCAGUCAUGGACUUCAAGAUCUCACCCUUCAUGAGAAAAGGUAAAGUUGGAGACUGGAAAAAUCAUUUCACUGUGGCACAAAAUGAACAGUUUGAUGAGGUCUACAAACAGAAGAUGAAGAACACCACUGUCAAGUUCCGCACUGAAAUCUAAUAUUAGAGAGUUCUGAAUGCUGCACCAGAGUACUAACUAAAAAAGUUACAUUUAAUUUUUAAACUGUCCCGAUGAAAUCAGAAUUGUUUGAAAUCAAAA